AUGAUCAUCGGAGGAGGCGAUGACGCAUCAAUCAACAGCGUAAAAUUCACGACCACCCACAAGCUGAAAUGGUCAAUCAAUCAUGAACGAUAUGACGAACUCGAAGAAUGUAUCAUCUUCGAUGAGUCGGAUACCCACGGUUUGGUCUUUCCUCACUAUGACGCCCUUGUUAUUACUUUACACAUCUUAGAUACUGCUGUAAAACGUAUUAUGGUCAAUGAUGGGAGCGGCGCGUGCACUAUCCACCCUCGAGUUCUCGCCCAAAUGAAGCUAGAGGAUAGGAUAGUGCCACGCUGCAUCACACUGACGGGUUUUAACAAUGCAGCUGAGCGGACGUCUGGAGAAAUUGCGCUACCCGUCCUGGCCGGCGGCGUCACUUUGGAGACCAUGUUCCACAUCAUGGACCAGGAUACGGCGUACAACGCCAUCAUAUUUCGGCCUUGGAUACACGCCAUGAAAGCCAUCCCCUCCAGAUUAUAUCAAGUCAUCAAAUUUCCCACCCUUUGGGCGGUAUUCAGCAUCCGAGGAGAGCAACGCACUGCCCGAGAAAAAGAAGAAUAA